AUGGAGAUCGGGUCCAGACUGGGGACGGGGGACCCGGCCUCGGCAGUUGAGCGUCCGGGGGCCCAGCUCGGCCGCACUUCGAGAGCCAGCACUGCCCGGUCUGCGUUCGCCGGCUCGGCCCCGUCGGCGGCGUUGGGCGGAGGUCAGCCUGCAGAGACACAUUCUCGGGCUGCUUCUAAGAGUCAGAUACCCCAGAGGUGCAAAGAAGCAGAACUCUACAAGGCUCUCAGCUCAACAGGUCUAGAGAACGAAUUGUACAAAACCACCAAGCAGAGGCAGAUGAGAACUGUGGAUCCUGCUGUGAAGAAGAACAUUAAAAAGAGCUACAAACCAUUAGAUCGACAGAAAGCUGAGGAAGAGCUCAAAGAGAAGAACCAGCUGUUAGAGGCAGUUAACAAGCAGUUGUACCUGAAGCUGAAUGAAAGCCAGGGAGAGUUGAAGGUGCUGACUCAAAAGGUGGAGUUGCUGGAGAAAUCUCAGGAUAGCUACUUGGCAAUUUUGGAGCGUGGCAAUAUCAACCCAGUUACAGGCAGACAGAUCCUGGAAAACCGGCAAGAAACAAUGAAAUGUCAAAUGGAGUCCAUGUUGCUCGUGGAGAGUCUGAAAGAUGAACUGAAGCUCUUUAACCAGACUGCUACAAAGCAGAUGGAGGAGUUACAGGCAUUGAAAGUUAAGUUGAAGAUGGAAGAAGAGGAAAGAGCUGGUUUCCUAGAAAAACGGGCAGCAUUUGACAACAAAAGAGAUGAUUUCACAGCCACCCUUGAGCAAAUGGAACAAUUACUAUCACUUUGAGAAGA